GUAGUAAGACGUCGCAUGACAGAAGCGUUAUUCUACCCUGAGGUUUCUAACAGAAAACAUGGUGCUAACAGCAGUUUUAGGAUGUUUACUUGUCACUGUGGCCCACGCUAUGCCACAGUACAGGGAUAUUAUAUUGAACGGACACAAUAUUCCAAAUCCUUGUUGUCCGGGAAGAAGAUGGGAUCGUGUUGGACACAUGACAACUUCAGGCCGAGCAAUGCCUCUUAAUGAUUUUGGAUCAGAUUUCGCUGCCAAUGGUCGAAGAUUCACCGAAGAGCUGUGUUUAGCCGAUUCUGAUGGCGACGGUAUGAAGAAUGGACUGGAACUAGGUCUCGUCACAAACCGGUUCAGCCUGGCUACCCUCUGUAAAUUUAUUGGGAUGUACCCACAAGCAAUUAAUUUUCUCCGAAUCAGAGGACAUCUUGGAAACGCCAUCAGCCAUCCAGGUAUCUGUGAUCAAAGAGGAGCGCAAUCAAAUUGUCAACCCCCUUCUCAGUGUGGAUGCUAGCAUAAAAACUGCAUAGACUUGAGAAAAUCAAAUAUUGUUUGUUAUGUAAUGUUUUGGUUGUGCAUUAUAAAAGCCAGGGUACAGUAUUGUUUAAUUGAUUGAUGUGUGAUGUUACAGGGAUUAACUGAAGCGUAAUUAUUAGUAGUUUAGCUAAAAAUUACCAUCCUUUCUGUUUGAUUGAUAGUAGUGACAACCAGCAAAUGCGUGAAUUCCUUGUUUUUAAGUACAUACGCGAUGUUCCUCUUUCGUUACAUUUCACGUACAAUUCACUUACAUUCUAUCUUGUUUCUACAAAAAAUAUUGGGGUAUAUUACCUUGUCUGUUUUGGGGUUCGUAUAUUUUGAUAGUUCCCGAUUGUUGCAAGUAAAACUGUAAUGUCAGCUCGUAACGUAUUACAGUAAGUUGUAGAAAUAGACAUUACUGUAACAAAUAAGGAGAAAAAGCUUUGGAACAUUCGGGUAUCGAAUUCGUAAUCCUUGCAUUAUUAGUUAAAUGAUCUAUCCACUGGGCUACCCAGGACGAUAUAAACAGUAUGGUAUUAUUACUACAAUAUAAAAUUUCAACCUAUUUCGAAAAUCAUACAAGAACUCUACAUAUCGAGAUGAAAAAAUUAAUUGCAGAGAAAAUGUCAGACAUGUCGCGAAUGUCCUCAAGAACGAAAACAUAACACUAAAGAUGCUAUCAUUUAUAGCUUGUGGACUCGUGUUGACAUCGUCACUGAAAUAGACCGGGAACUGGCACUAGCAAAACACAAGUUCUCGAUGGAAUAUAUCUGUAAUGAUAUGUAUACGUGUGUGUACCUUAAAACUGAGAACUCAUGUGCCAAAUAUAUAUUUAUUGUUUCUGUUAAGCUGUAUGCAUUCAUGAUAAUAAUUAUAAAUCUUAAUUAACUACAUUGCCUAGGCCCCAUGGAACACACAAAUCCUAAUUACAUCCUCCUACUGGUGUACGACAAGGGUGUCGGCUUUCCCACUUACAUUUCUUUUGAUUUUCUGACGUAUCAAUUACUUUCAUAGUGACAUGUAUUUUUUCACCAAUGCUGUAAAUGAGGUAAGCCACAAACACGCAUUACGGAAACUUGGCUUAGAUAAAGAAAUUCUACAGAAUGAGUGACAUAUUAUUUAUGUUUUCCAUUGAGACACGUCAUGUAAUACAAAAUAAACAUGCUGAUGAAUCAUUAAAGUAUGAAUUCAAACA